GCACAAAUCUUUUACUGAAAUCAGGGAGAACCAACACAGGGGCCUCAAUUAAAGCUUGCUUGAGAACAUCAAAGGAUUGCUUUGGCUUGUCCACACAAAUGGUACUCCUUUCUUUAACAAGUUCGUGAGAGGUUUUGGGUUUGGCUGCAGGGAACAUACAAAAUUUGGAAGUGAUUCAAUGGAGGCGGGGGUUGAUGUUCUCGAUGCUGUUUAUCAGAAUGCUAUUACCAUGGAUGAGGAUACCAUGGAACCGGAUGAAGAAUCUGUGGCAGCCGUCCACUUCUUUCUUUUACUCUUGGGUGAAGCGCCGCGGUCUGAAGUUUUCAAGACAAUCAUCUUUAGCACCAUCACAACAAAGAAAGUUAAGCAAUGUCAAUCAACCGGUCUUGUCUAUGACUCGCUUGCUAAAAAUUGGAAUAAGUUGUGCAAAUGUGUGUGCCAUCUACGGCUGAUGGUAAUAGAGGCUCUCAUGGAAGCAAACUUAAGGGUUGAGAGACCAAAUGUCAUCAAACCGGCUGAACCUCAUCACACUUUGGUUGAUUUGUUUAAAGAAAUGACAAUACACAAACGAAAGGCCCAGUACAAGUGUAGCUCAAUUGCAAUGGAUGACAAACUCCGGCAAGUAUAUGGAUUAUUGAAGGAAAGAGGUGCUGAUGGCAAGUAUGUUUACAGCGAAAGUGCCUACAAAAACAUCAUGAAGUGCUUGUCUUUGAUACGGUACUCAUCUGUGGUGAUUGGGCUUAUGGUCAGAGAGAAGCCAUAUACUUAUCCCAUGUUCCUUAUUGACACUAAUGACACGUCUGUGAAGUAUGUUGCUGAUGAACUCUUGUUUUGGGAUAAGUAUAAAUCUUUCGAAAAAGAUCACAAGGCAGCUUUUGAGUCAAAAGAUCGUGUUGAAUGUGAGUGCCAAUAUUCACUUGUUAUGAGAUUUCUUCCUGAUACAACUCCGUUUCUACGGCGGUGGGGUUAUUCAGCAUCGUUAAGCAUUGAAGAAAUUAACUUGUGGUGUGACACGUUUAAAUCGAAGACUCCCAGCAUGGGUGAAGUACCAGCCGGAAAGUUUGUUAUUCGUGAGUGGAGGAAGGUGAAUUUAGAACUGGAAACCAAGUUAAAGGCUCUGAUUGUCUUCAUUGGAGAAAAUUAUCUGGGUGACUGAGGUUAGCGCAAGCUAGAGACUCCUGCGAUGCGAGCUCUUGAUGGACAGUGUUGUGUGUGUCGGUUGGCUUAUUUUGCUCUUGUUUUGGUACCAGUCCUGUUUUGGAACCACAGACAAGAAUGAAGAAUUGGCCUGCCUGCUGCUAGCGGGGGCUGUCGUGUGGUUGUUUUUUGCUGUCUGCUUGCUUGCUUGCAUUUGUAAGCAGAAGAAUGGACUCAUGUUGUCCUGCUGCUGCCACCUGUGGCAUUUUUUGCUCUCUGUUGUCUAACUCGAGUAAGGAGCAUGCAUGCUGUUGUCUCUGGUUACAAUGCUCCUUCUCUUUUUUAGUGGGAUUUGCGCUGGUGCAUUUUCUGUAGUUUAGUUUAGAUAGCAGAAGAGUAGAGUUGAUGCUGAAAUCGACAGUGAUCCUGAAAGAUUAUUCUUUUGGUGAUUUGUUUUACGGUCGUGGGGCUAACGCUUGCUUGUA